AUGGAUAUCAUCACUAGCAGACUUGAGAGACUUGAGCUUGAGAUUUAUGAGGCAGAAAAGGAAAAGCUUCAAAGGGAGGAAACUCUGGGGGAUUUCUGGGAACACAUGCCUGCUAUUGAUCCAAUUCUCAUACGAGAUCGUAUGCUCUCUCUCCAAAACCAAAUAAGCUCACUCGAAAGCAAGAAGAAGGCCCUGUUCAAAGAACAGCAACAUCUCCUUGUGCAGGCUGUUACUCUUGGCAAAUUCUCUGCGAUGGCAUUUCCUGUAAUUGUCUCAGUUUUCUUGUUCCUUGUAAAAGAAUGCACGAGUAGGGUUGAUGGCGGCACACAGGCGGGAGCUUCCAUGCACAAGUUGUUAGAAAACUCAAGUUCAUUCACUCAAAUCACACGAUGCCGCUCCACCUCAUCUACAUUGUCCUCCUCCCAAAAAGGCCUCUUUAGAUCUAGCUCCAGAAGUUCUUCGAAACUGACUCAUUUCAAUGGUGGUCUUUUUUAUGACAAUGGAGCAAUGGGAUCUAGAUGCCAUUCGUUAACACUAGGAAAGCUAUAUUCUUGGGAGAAAAAACUCUCUGAGGAGGCUGGAGAGGAAACCAUGAGAAUAUAUGAGCGAAAACACUCCCAAUCGAGACAUGGCCUAAAGACCGGGGACAAAAUUGGAGUUGAAGAUGAGGAGUUGCGUUCCAGAAUUUUGGUUGCCAUAAGAAAUUCUGAAUAA